AUGCGGGCCAUGAUGCUGACCUUGGCUCUGGCGGCGCUAGGGUUCGCCCAAGUACGCGCUGCGAACCUGGCAGUUGUCCGCGUUUUCUCUACGGACGAGGAGGUGAUGCUGCUGAAUUCCAGUAGCGACCUCUGGGCUACGUCCAACGCCAUGCCAUGCGCCGGCAAAUCCACCACGAGUGAGAUUGAUCUCAUCCUAGUUUACAGUAAAGACCUCGCGACCGACGUCAUGGCAAGCCAGGUCGUCGCGGAGCUCGAAACAACCUUCAUGAACAAUGCGUCGGCCUGGGUCCAGUGCUUCAGGAGCAUCAAGAACAUGUCAGCCAAGCUCAACCCCGAGCAAGAUGUGUACGACAGCAACGGGUACACCACGAACAAGCACUGGGUGUCUGGUCCCAACACCGUUUUCAAAAGCAUUAUGGAUGCCAUGAUGACUGGCCCCUACAUGGGCAUGUACGAUUCCUUCUUCCUUAUGGAGAUGGAUGCCGUUCCCAUCAAGGCCAACUGGCUCGAUCAAUUCGAGACGGAGGCCCUGGAAAUGCCGGGAGGCAACAUGGCCGUGCGCGGGAGCCAGUACCUAGGUGAUAAGUGGGACCUGUUCAAGCACAUGAUGCCCGACUACCUGGUCGACCACAUCAAUGGCAAUGCUAUCUACAAUCUCAAGAACAACUGGACCCAGUACCUUGUCAAUGCCUUCACCGCACAGGGCACCACGGCCAUGUUGGAAGAAAUGGCCUUUGAUGUGGCUUUCGCCAUGAUUACCAUGGCCGCGGAGUCCGGAUCCGAUCCUACGUUUUCUGCUGCGUGGACAAAUGUCAUGGGCAGCAACACGACUUACAACCCGACUUCCAUGCUCGUGGGCAACUAUGCCAACACUUUGCUGAACACAAGCUAUGAGUUCCCGACCUACAUCCGCCACGGCUCGAACAAGAACCUCUUCGAGAACUUGCCGGAUGACAACGUGACGUUGGUCGUGGCUUGGUUCGACUACCAGGGCCACUUUCUCGAAACGGUGCCCACACAUCACCCCUUCAAGAAGAUCAUGGGCCUCGCUUACUACGAGCAGUCGAUGAACUCAAGGGAAAUUCCUGCCCCGGAUGGCAACGUCACACUGACGAUGAAGCCGGCCAAAAGUCAGCCUUACUACCACCUCUGCGAGGCUGCCAAGUCGGUGGACACCAAGUGGUUCGCACUCACUGACAACUACCACAUCGUCAAAGCACCAGUCAGCGUGCUCAUGGAGACGAUGGACAAACCCGUGCUGCCCUACGUCCUGAAGGACUCCAGGUAUUGCGGUGAGCGACCCAACUGCAAGGCUUCCAUGGAGCAGGCAGAAGAUCUUUUCGGUAUCGUCUUGAACUAUCACCAUGACAAGUAUGAGGUUCUGUACAAGACUGCCGAUGCCCUUGCCUUUUGCGAUGCUUGGGAUGUCGCCACGACCGGCAAGGAUUGGGGCAACUGCAGCCUUGCCUUCGGCCCAACAGCAGACGACUACAUCGCUUGGAAGAUCAGUUCUCCUACAUUCAACGUGAGUGACGAGUUCACCCCCAAGGACAAGACGCGUUACGGCUGGAGAGCCUGGACUAGCUUGUGGAAUCCGGCCCCGGUCGACGACCGCAACUGCGAGACAACGCUCUACGGCAUCAAGGAGUACCUUGAGACGCUCGGCAACAUCUCCACGUGUGCUGUCGACUAUGUGGAGAACGAGACGGCCUGCGUCGGCGAUUCCACGUGCAUGUGGAAGCCCAUGUUCCAGUCCGGCGUCUGCAUGCUGGAUCCCAAGAGUAUUACCACGACGACCACCGUCGAGGGAGCCGUCUUCAAUGUCAUCGAAGUCACGAUGCCGAUGACCGUCGACAAUGCGUCCGAAAUCAUUAACGACGUUACAGUGACCACAGCCAUGCGGUGCGUGGCCCAGUUUAGCUCUAACGGCUGUGGGGCUGUGAAUGACCAUGCUUCUUGUAUUGCUUUGCAGAGGAGGUGUUCGGAUCACUUCGAUCCACAAAGGGGUUGUAAGUUUAUGUCAGCUUAG